UGUGUGUGUGUGUGUGUGUUGGAGACAUAUAUGGUGUUGGAAUUGCAUUGCUGUUGACGCAUUCAGGUCAGAAUAAAGUUACAAGGGAGAGGCAGCCUCUGUGGGGACGGUAUCGUGCCUUUUUCUGCCGUCAUAACAAAGAGAGGUGGCUUGACAUGGUGUGUACGUGUUAAUUAUGCUCAUUUUUCGCAUCGUUAAUUAAAUACAUUUAUUACUGCCGUUAACGCGCUAUUUUUGACAGCCCUAAUUAUUAUUCUGAUGGUAUUAUUAUUGUGCCUGUUGACCAAGUCAAUAAAACAAUGAGAGCUCAUAGAACUUACUAUACCGCCAGUCAGAGACACUUUUUAUGUUGCUAUGAUAGACUGAUGUAUUAAUAAGCAUCCUCAACUCAUUUCAUUGUAUUUUUUUGGCAUUUGCACUCUGCAAGGUCAUAUUAGCAUUGGUUCUGCAGAUGUACUCGGAUUUAUUACAGUUCGGAAUUGACUUCUUGACACUAUCAGACGACCUCUGUAAUGUUUCCACCAGUGUCGCUUUGAUCCAUCUGCACACACACUCUGUCCAAAAUAUCCCGACAACGAUGAGGUAACUGCGCUCCUAAAAAAGUAACAAGCUAGUUGUGUGUAUUGUAAUGUUGUCAGGAUGUGGACUUGUUGACACUGCCUCGCUUUGGUGACCGAACUUCCCCUUCAGGACGUCACUGGUGUGUGAAUCACUACAUUUCAGUCAUGCUUAUCAUUUAAGUUCAGAAAAUGAGUGUAAUCAAAAGGUGACGUCCCCUUCAGUAGUGAAUUGUACGAUGCACACUUAUUAUUUAAUAUUACAGUGAUAUUUGUAGCAUUUAUAAUUGAAUAUGAAAUUAAAACGGAUGAGCAGCAGCCACACUGGUAUGUGUGAUGUGACCGUGGUAACAUGAGAGAAGUUUAUCUCACAACUUUCUUUAGUAGACACACACAGCGCUCAUUGUAUGUGUGUGUGUGUGUGUGUGUGUGUGUGUCAAGAUGACAAGCAUAUACACAGGACAGUCAUUAGUGAGUUGUGCCUAUAUAAGGUUGUCCUAUUUCUGCUGCAUUUCCUUGAGGAUCCAAAGUGACUGUCAGCAGACAAUGAAGCCUUCUUGGUUGGCCUGCAUGAUCUUAAUGGCCACUUUAUUGUGAUUCUGCACCGCAUUCUAUGUUUAAAAGUGUAAACUGACAAGGCAAAUGCGCUUUAGCCAUUGCGGAAUAGCGUUUAGCCAAAUGACUGGAAUAAAGGUUACUUUUUAUGCGCUAAUGAAGGAACUUUCUGACUUUUACAUCCUGUUGCUAGUGCGUUGUCCUAUUACUAUGUGCCGUUUCUUUAAAUAAUUUUGUUUUUUCCCCAAUGUGGCGAUUUAAUAAUAAUGGAUUACAUUUUAUAGCACUUUUCAAGGCACCCAAAGCGCUUCACAGUGAAGUGAACCCAUUAUUCAUUCACUCCUCAGUCACACACUGGUGGUGGUAAUCUACAUCUGUAGCCUCAGCUGCCCUGGGUUAGUCUGACAGAAACGUGGCUGCCAAUUCACACCUACGGCCUCUCCGACCACCACCAAUCAUUCAUUCACAUUCAUGCACACCAGUGUGGGCAGCACUGGAGGCAAGGUGGAUAAACUGUCUUGCCCAGGGACGCAGGGUGGAGGGAGCAAAGAUCGAAGCACCACCCUUCCGAUUUCUAGACGACCUGCACGAGUUGUGAGUUCUUGUGUCGCUGUCCAAUGAAAACCACACACUAAUGAUGUUAACUUAUGUGUGUGUAUAAAAUAUAAUAAAUGGGCCAUACAAGACUUGUUUAGAAAAAUCUAUUUAUUUACCUCCGCCAAGGAGGUUAUGUUUUGUAUGACAACAAAUCUGUUUGUUUAUCUGUUUGUUUGGUUCUUUGACUUCCAAAUAACUUGUAAAAGUUCUGAAUGGAUUUGGAUGAAAGUUUCAGAAAUGGGAUAUGGAAGAACUGAUUAUAUUUUGGCAGUGAUCCAGAUCACCGUCUGGAUCCAGGAACUUUUUUAAGGAUUCUUUGACAUUGCGAGAUAGGACCGUUUUUCGGCAAAUACGACGCAGAGCGAUUUGUGAGGUGUGAUUUUAUUUGAGGAUGCAUUUUUAUGAUGCUAAUGUAUUACUCUUUUGGAUGCAUAUUGUUUUGAGAAGCCAAACUCUUUACUUAAAUGGACCCAGCAACUAAGCAGAACUACGUUCCUCGUCACGGAAGUCCGACCAGAACUGGACUUGUGGGACCAAAUGGGGGGACCCAUCUUUCUUCUUUCGGUUGAUGUAUGGCAUGGCUCUCCUGUGCAUCCUAUUGUCCGCAAUGGAGUGAAGGCAGUUUGGGGAAAGUGUGAUGCACCCUUGUGCCUAUUUGAGGGCCAACUAUAAAUAGUGCAGCGGCAGCCUACGCAUGCUCUUGUUUGAUUGGAAAUCACAGCGCCUCAAGUCAGAGCUGUGGGGCAUCUGUCAAAGCAGGGACACAGCCUUGUCUCUGUGUCUGGACUCCUUUUUAGCUGCCAUCAACCUCUAAAAGGCUUGUUUGUUGCUUGAAGAACUUCUGCCAACAUGGGUUCACGGCGCACAAUGGCACGCUCCUCUUCGGCCAACGGAAGAUCCAGCGAUGGAAAUGGGAGUAUUGGGAGCAGCCGGCCUGGAGGCUGCAGCUACAUCUCCAACGUGAGGCCAGAGAACAGGAGCACACUGUGCAGCGUGAUGGCACAACUGACAGAGGAAGAACAACCAAGCUUUGCAACUACUCUCAGGUCCAAAGCUGUGUCGGAGAACUGUAACGUCAAGUUCUACUGCGUGGUUACAGGAUAUCCUAUCCCUCAAGUCACUUGGUAUAAGGAUGAUAAGCAGUUGGACAGAUUUUGUGGACUUCCCAAAUAUGAAAUAUUUCGCAAUGGACAAAACCAUUCCCUGCAUAUUUACAACUGCACUGUGGACGAUGCUGCCAUCUACCAGGCAUCGGCCAGUAACAGUAAAGGCAUCGUGUCCUGCUCUGGGGUUCUGGAGGUGGGUGGAAUGAGCGAGUUCAAAAUCCACCAGCGCUACUUUGCCAAGCUCAAGCAGAAAGCGGAGAACAGAUGCAAGGAGGCCGAAGGCAAGGAGAACCAGGAGCCGCUGCGGACCGUCAGUCCGGAGCGCUGGCAGAGGAAGCGGCGCUCCACCAUGGAGGCCUUUCUGAGCAUGCCCAGCUCCACGGAGGAUGAGGGUAAUGAGGAGGUCGGACGAUCUGUUGCGGUGGAGUCAGAGGUGAGGUUGGAGGAGCACACUGAAGAGCUGGUGGAGGAGACGACAAGCUCUGUGACUUGUUCCAAAACAAGUCAGCUCAUUCAUGAAAAUGGAAGCGUGGGCGGUAAGACUCCUUUCGUCAAGAAGAAGAUCAAGAUUUCCAGCAGUGCAAAAAUGGAGCAAGCUGAGGAGAUGCCUGAGGAGGUGAUGGAAGUGCAGAGUUUUAUCCCUCCAGUGCUGGAAAAUGGAAGGUUUUCAAGGAAUACAAGUUCAGAGGAGCUCAUGAAGCCUUCUCUGGACCUUUCCAAAGAAAGCGCAAAGAAAGAGAAGGCAAGCAACAGCAAACAUGAAGAAAAAGUCUCAGAGAAGAAGACUCAAAGUCUUCACGUGACUUCCAGACUGCAAAGUGCACCUCCAAGGCCAGUCACGGAGGACAUGACAACAACAAAGACAAAGAAUGUUCCAGUCAUGGCUAACUCUUCCACAGAUGCAGAUCUUGGAUCAGUGCACCUGGUCCCCCCAAGCCAGGCCAUUUUACCUGGGCCAUCCUACCAGCAGACUUCAGAUCAGCCACCAGAAAAGGAAGCAAAGCCGUGUCCAGGGAAUUCGUCUGUGCCGAUUGAGGUUACACAAGCCCGUACAUGGAUGAGUCGGAAUGAUGCACCUGUCAACCCAGAGCCUCCACCUGACUGCCGUUCGGUGGACGUUCGACCACAGCAGAAGGCUCCAGCUACAAUAGAUGACGGCCUACCUCUUUUUAUUGCACCCAUUGUUGAACUGACGCAGAACACAAGGCAUCAUUCCACAGGAUCAAAUGAAAGCCACACAGGCCUUUAUGCACGACCUCGAAAGUCGGCCAUAGUUCCAUCUGUAGAACCACAAAGCCAAACUGGUUUAGUUGUGAAAUGUGUAGAAGGGAUAAAAGGUAAUGAGAAGGUUGAAGGCAAUGAGAUUAGCAAGUCAGUGGUGCUGGGUGAAACCUCUUCUUCAUGUAAGAUUCAACUAGACACCGGAGAUAAAGUAAAGAAAGUCUCCAAUCCCAUGGAUGUUUGUGUGUCAAAGACAAAGAAGACAGAGUGUAGUUUAAAACCCAAUCCUGAGUUACAGACUAAUAAACCGACUAAAACUAAUACUGUCACCCCACAUUCCAAAAAAUAUCCAAACUUACAUGAGCAGCAACCCGAAGACGUCCAAGAAAUCCCCAAACCUCUGACCAGAGUCAUAUCUGUUGCAGAGCUUUUAAGGUCCCAAAUAAGGACUCUGGAGUCUGAGCUAACAAGUCCCAUAAAUGUGGGACUUGUUGAAGACCAGCCCCAAAUGUUAAGAAAUUAUGACAACAAAUGUAAAUCUGAAGUAAAGAAGUCAGCACCAGGAAGCCUACUAGAGAGUCUUGUUGGUAGAACAUCUCCAAGCGAACAUCUUGUAAAGCAAAGUCAUCAGGGCAAGAAUAAGACUCAAGAUGCAAUUUCAACAACUCUUCAAAAAGAUCCUAGUUCCUCUGUCCCCGCCCCCUUUGUCCAAGAAGGCAAUCAAGAUUUCUUGAACAUUCCCCAGGUAGGGUCUUUAACUUCUCUUCCCAUGACUCCUAAGGAGGAGGAAACCCAAAGACCUGCAUCGAGAGCCUCAAGUAAUGUGAUUCAAGGUAAAGACUCAGGGCUCAUAAAAAAGUUCAUCCCAGAAACUGAACUCAACAAUGAAAUUCAACACUCUUCCCAAACACUUGUAGAUCAAGAGCAUUGUCCAACUCAUUGUCUACAAGAAGUGCAGAUGUUUUCUGAUAAAAGUGUCCUUGGUACAGUCACACAAGAAAACUUAAGUGUCCAAAAAAGCCAGUCACUGGUUGAAGUCAUUCCUGGGAGUGAUUUCUUAACCAAUUCAAAUCCCAAAUCCAGUCCGGUAUUGAUGAAAAGACCGUGUGACUCUCUUGUACCGUCUGCCACUGCACAAGAGCUAGCCUCUGGGGCCCGCCGCAAGGUCCUUAACUCCAAAGUCAAACCUGUGGACAACGCAGAGACUGAUUUACCGCCGUAUCAACCUCAGAAACAAGAGAUUUCUCCACCCGACAGCAACGUUUCAACAAGUGCAGUGACAAUCCUGUCGUCUCCAAGCUGUUCACGGCAGCCACCUCUUCUACAACCCAAUGACGAGAGAACAUCUCCUGCAGAGAGGAGGUCGCCACUGCCGGGUAGGGACAAGGUGACAACAGCCUCAAGCCAACCGCCCAAUGAGGAAGUCCAAAGUGAGAAAAGUGAGAAGACCAGACGUGACCCAUGCAAAGCCCCUCAAGUUAUCCGUAAGAUCAGAAGUGAAAGGUUUGCGGACGCAUCGGGACACCUAAAACUGUGGUGCCAGUUCUUCAACAUUCUCAGCGACUCUACAAUCACUUGGUACAGAAAUCAGGCUGAGAUUGCUCGUAUUAUGAGGACUGCGGCGGAUGAAAGUCAGGCCAAUCUGGCAGUCGUUCAAGCAUCAAGUAAAGACUCUGGUGUUUACAAAUGCACAAUCACCAAUGAAUAUGGGAGCGACUCGACUGACUUUCAGCUUGGCCCAGACAUCUUGGCACGAUUUUCUCUCCGUGAGGACAAUGGAGUUGGAGAAGAGAUCGAAAUGGCGCCCCUGGUGUUCAGUAAGGGCGUGGCAGAUGGUGGCGUUUGGGGCGGCAACUUUUUCGGUCGCAUAGUGGUGCAAAAAUCCUGUAUAUCCGAUAGUUGCACCCAGAAAGUCUGGAGGGCUAAGGUCAUCUAUGGCCUGGAGCCUGUGUUUGAGUCCGGAAACACGUGCAUCAUCAAAGUACUCCGCCAUGUUGCUUAUGGCGGAAAGGAGGAGCACUGCCUCAUAGACAGGAACAUGGACCUAGUCAAGCAAGAGUGUAAAAUUCAGAACCUGGCUCGUGAAUACUGCAAAAUCUUCUCUGCAGAGGCAAGAGUUGUUGAAAACUUUGGGCCCCCUCUUGAGGUAGUCCCACUCUACUUGAUGUACCGGCCAGCCAACACAAUCCCCUAUGCCACAGUGGAAGCUGACCUGACGGGAGCGUAUCAGAAAUAUGCCUUCCUGGAUGAUACAGGGGGGAUGGAGAGGAGAACUGCCUCUGAAGUGGAGUUGAAGUGUUGUGCUUUGCAGCACUGGAUCUUUCAAUGGACCAACGGGAAUCUGCUCAUCACCCGGCUAGAAGGUGUUGACACAAAGCUCACCAACGUUGGAAUGGCAGUGAAAUCUACAGGACAUCAGGGCCUCGCCAUUGAGGGCAAGCCUAAAGUGUUUGAGCACUUUGCGUCGCAGCAUCAGUGUAACUACUUCUGUGGGCUGCUGGGCCUGAGGUCGCUGAAGCUUCUGGACUCGCUAAUGGUGCCGCUGGCAAAGCCCAAAGGCUCCAGGAGUCCUUUGCUGCAGCGUAAGAUUCAAGCUUCCGGCUCUUGCAGCCCUCAGGGUGGAAGGAAAGCUGGCGGCAGCCCCCGACUGUCCAGGAAGGCCGAGCAAGAUGGAAGAAAGACCCCCACGGGACAGAAGGCUGCUGAUGCUCCUGAAGCUCAUAGUUGAAGUAUCACUAAGAAGAUGCCGUUCUUUCCCUUCCUGUAGGUGACCCAAUACUUUUGUGCAUACAGUGUGGGUGUCAGGUCAGUGUAUUUCUAUAUCAUAAAUUCAAACAGUAAACAAUCUCAAACUCAUUUUAGUCCCGUCAUUACCAUAAAAUAAGUUUGUACAACAAGGCGAGGCGAGGAGCCAACCAAGCAGAAAUCCACCCAAAAUGUAGCGUGGUCACGUGACACUGAUGUACAGUGACACACACGCAUUGUAUAUUCACACGCACGCUGGUUGUACAAUAAAACAAAAGAGGACGGAAGAGUCCGUGUCGUAUGUUUUAAACUCUUAAAGGAGCGUAUCAAAAGCGCUGUCAUUCUAGCACGGAGCGUUUAUGUACUGUACCUAAAACUGCAAAGAAGACGAGGUGUUCAUAGAAGCACACAAAACUCACAUUUUUUUUCCUUUGUUAAUGAUUUGGAGUGCAUGAGAAAGUGGAGCUCUGAAACUGGAGCUCUGUUUGACCACAUGGCCAUUUAUUAACAAUGAAUGUGUUUCUGAUGUUGUAAUAGAACAUUGACUCCACUGAUGGGUACAUUGUCAACAACAGUACGACGAACAGCUAAGGAGUUACAUUUUAAAGCGCAUGUAGGGAUAGAUAAAUGUGCUAGAAGCUGACCAGUCAUGAUACUUCAAAUGCAGCUACUGCCACCUUGCAGAGUUAAUAAAAAAUUCAUCAAGAGGUUGCCUACAGCCGCAGCUGUUAAUCAAUUCAAUCAAAGUCCCUGGCUGUUAUUUGCUUUUGCAGAGCACGGGUGAUUAAUUGCGUUAAUUGCGGCAUUUAGGGUACUAGCAUUUAGUUGAAUGGUUGCCUAGUUUUGCACGUUUAUUAGCAUUCCUCACCGACACCAGUCGAGGCAGACAGCCACCCAAGUCUCAGGGCACUGCAUGUACAGUAGUCUCGUCGAUACAUUUCUAUGCCUUGCUUUGUAAUGUCUCACACUCAGAUGUCCACCACGUAUGUUUACCUUUGGACAGGGCAAAGCAUCAAGGUCAAAGGUCACGGUCACAGCCAAGUGAAAUAUGUCAAACAUCAAAAAUAUUUGGCCUUUUUUUUUUUUUUAACAGUAUAGUUAGUAGGUCAAAAUAAGUUGGUUUGAUUUUAGUGCUAAUUAACUUACAGGGGGGAGGUCAAAGUUCACUGGCAACAACGUCAAAUAUUAGCUUACAACAAACCGCAUCGAGUCACGAGUGCCUCCUAUUAAAUCCCUCGAUAAGCACUCUCCGCAUCUUCAGUUGUUUUGUUAGUGAACCCAUGUAUAACACAUGUAUAAUGACACAAUGUCCCAAAGCACGGUCGUGUGGCUUCCAAAUGUCACCAAUCUCCACAUCUUACAAACAAGGCAACAUAAAAACAUUUUAUGCUCCCCAUAUACUGUAGAUCAGGGGUGUCCAAAGUUUUGUGGCCUGCUGCUGUUUAUUAUUGGCCUGCAACACAUUGUAAAAAUAUAAUCUAACAGGAAAACCAACAGCAUAAAUGGAAAAAAGCAGUCAUUCUACGAGAAUAAAGUCAAAAUACUAUGAGGAAAAAUAACGCCAUUUUAGCAGCAAAAAGUUAAAUUAUUAAAGAAAGAUGCUUUUUUUUUAAAGUCGUGUUACUGUGAAAAACAAACAAAACAACAAAUAAAACAUUUUUUUGUUUAAAUUGCGUUGCGGAAAAAGUUGUAAUGUUAUGGGAAUAAAAUGUAAAUAUUACGGGAAUAAAGUCAUGACAAAAGAAAAAAAUUACAAUAAGAAAAUUGAAAUAGACUGAAAAAAACAACAGCAGAAAUGGAAAAAAUGCUAUAAUUUUAGGAGAAUAAAGUCCAAAUAUUAAGAGAAAAAAUAAUGUCAUUUUAGUAGCUUAGAGUUUAAAUAUUAACAAAAAAAAAUUAUUUAAAUUAGGUUGGGGAAAAGUUAUAAUAUGGAAAUAAAGUCAAAAUACCAUGAAAACAAAAUUUAAGAAGAUGAUUUUAGAAGAAAGUUUAAAUAUAUUAGAGAAAUUGAAAAAAAAAAACAAUAGCAAAAAUGGAAAAAAAGAGCAAAGACCCAAGUUCAUACUAAUGAUACACUUUUUCACCUACAUCACAAAGCUGAGAUGAGUUUUUUCUUCAAAUAUGUAUAACUUCUUCGCAUAUGGACAUGUGUUGGUUUACAAAAUAUCAAAGUGGCAUCCUUUCAUGUUUCAGUAUGUGGCCCUCGGUGGAAAAAGCAGGUUCUUUGCACUCUUAGCUUUUUACCAGCAAAAGCAUUGAGGUUAACUGUCAGUCACAAAAAGUUCAGGUAGUUAAGUCUCUAUUUUUUUUUAAUUGUCUAAACCUAGUGGACAUGCGUUGGUCAAUAGCAGCUCAGCUGAUGAUUGCCUUGGACCGAAAUCAGUCCAAGUUUACUAGUAACUCAAAUUUUCAACAAACCACAUUGCGUUAUACGUCAUAUUAAAGCCCUUGAUUGGAUCUUUUGUCCUGAAAGACAAUAUUUAGGACAUCUUCUUUUCUCCACAAAGAAUAAUGCAUGAAUCCCAACGACAAAAUUCUGAUAAGUAAAUAUGUAAGUAAAACAUUGUUAAAAAGGGGUUUUUCAUAGACAAAGGUUACAAAGUGUUCUGAAAGAGAGACAAAGUCAUAAUUAUUUUGCCUUGGCUGAGUUUUGCACUCUACUGAGUGUCAUUCUGGUCCAUUAUCUUUUGUAAAUGUUCAGCAUCCUCAACAUAUUUUACAAUAAAGGCAUCUAGGUCUGUUGGCAAAGUAAAAAAUAUAAAAUCAAUAAAAUAAAGCAGUGCCUGCCAGUGAGAUGCCUCCACUAAAAUUGGAGUUUGAAGUGUCGGCCCGCCACACACGAUGUGUUUGUGUUGUUUACAGUGCAAAAGGCUAUGCUCAUCAUGAUAAUCACUUGUGAUUCCCCAGUCAUUAGUGAGUCAUCCUUUAUGUAAGCACUGGGAGGCCUCACGCUCCACUGUGAACACAUUCGACGUUAUCGUGCCACAACAAAAAAAAUCACUUGGUGUCGCAGCAUGUCACGGCAAGAAAGAAAUGACUCACGGUUGACAUUUUGAUGGCUUUUUCUUUGGAUUUAAACUAAGUGUUGUUCACUAUAAGCUGGGCCUCUGUAAGACAUGAUUCAUUAAAUCAAAGGUCAAAAAUACUUUUGUUGUUGUUGCUCAUCCGAAGUACUAACUAAGGUAUACUUUUUAAAAUGAGUACAAGUCUAAGCAAAAUGCGAUUAACUUAUUCCAGGCUUUUUGGUUAGUUCGCUUAGUUUAAGGAACAUAUCUCAGAUUUGAAUUCAUAUUUGUAAUUUACGGCAGUCUAAUAUAGGAGGAAAAAAUAUCUUGUUAGUCAAAAAUACGUAUUUUGGACCUGGAUUUACAAUAUUUUAAUCUUGCUUAGAUUCCAGAGUUUUUUUCAUUUUUUUCUGUGGAUUUGUUUUCCCCUUGUGGGUCACAAAUGUCCAUACACACCAUUCCUAUAACAUUAAACACCUAAAAAAAUCAAAUAAAAUACUUACAAUAUAUUUCAUUGAUUUUAUUUCUCUUUUUUUUUACAGAAUGUGCAAAACACACACGGCAAAAACAACAUUUCAAGAAAGUAAAAAAGUCCCAACAGCUUCUUUUAAACUUUUGGAAACAUUUGCUGCAUGUUGGCCCCACAAUCAGAUGACCUGGGUUCAAAUCUCUGUGUGGAGUUUGCAUGUCCCAAAAAUCAACAUCCCAGAAAAUAUGCAGGUUAGGUUAAUUGGAAACUCUAAAUGUUGUCCACAGUUGUGAAUGCUCUCAGUAUGAUGCCGCACUGCUGCAAACUCCAACCGCAAGUGUAAAUCUUAAGUUAACUCUUUGUAAAAGACUUAAUUUAUGAUGUGGUUCUUGCUACACACAUAGAGUCUAUUAAAAAUAAAUCCUAUUAGUGUGAGAGGAACAUCAUCAAGCCAUUGUGAAUAAUUUUCAGAGGAAACUAUUAGUCAAGCGCUGGGGUAAAUUACAGCUAAAAUGUUGCAUUAGCAGCAGCACCUCUGUCGGAAUGCGAUAAAGAGAUGAGUGGAGCUAAUCUCAGCGUGCGUGUCUAUUAUAAGCGCUGCAAAUGACAGAAUUGUAAGUCUACACAACCCUGAAGAGAUUUCUAUGUGUACGUUUUAUUUAACAGGACCUAAUGUGACGUUAGGGUGACGGGAGUGCGCUCUGAGUACAUUAAUCACAUUUGACAAAAAUAUCCUCAGCUUAUCUGGAUUCAUCGGUCAUUUGGAUCUUUGCAGAAAACUCUAGACAGGAAGGAGGAAUCAACAACAGCAAGAGGCUGACCAGCUUGCUAAUACGUGCAUUGUUGCGUUGACCUCAAUUAGCAUCAGCCAGUGCUGAGCAUUUAGGUAGCCGAUAUGAAAAGGAUCACAUGCACACGCCUAAAUGCCACAGACGAGCUGGCAUUUGAGAAAAACUUUUAUCUCCAGGCCAGCGAAAGUCGCCUGCUAUCACUGCAGGUUUUUGUCCACCAUGAAAUAAUACAGCCUCGAUGCAUAUCAUACAUCAUCCCUACUAAUUGGCUGACCUCACCUGUUACUUUACAAUGCACGACAUGCGGGAUCAAUCUUCUCAAGUUGUGGUUGUACAUGGAAACAAAAUGGUGGUUAAGCAGCCGUCGACCACAAUUUGAACGCAACAGAGGUCGCACAAUUCAACCAAAAUGUGCUUGAAAACGAAAGUCACAAAAGUCCAACCUCCGUCAUGCCCGACGGCAGCUUAAAGGAUGAACCCCUGCAUGUGCAUUUUGCUUUUUCUUUGCCUUCUUUUUAUUCAAACAGAAGGAGCAGCCUCAACAAGGUGUUCAGAAAAGAAUGGGACUAGAGAAGAAGACUCCGCAUGGGAAGUUGCCAUAUGUGUCGCCACUUGGAACCAAUUGUUUUUAUGUUUUACUGUCAAUGUUGGUUAAUCUAUUUUCAUGCUUUUUUGACAGUUAAAAAUGUUAAAAAUCAAGCCCGAGACUGGAGUCGCCUUCGUAUUUCAAGCGAGCGUUUUAUUCUUAAGUUGUAUUAUUGACAGGUAUUGGUUAGCUACUUUUUACACUUGUGUGCCAAUUAAAAAU